AUGAUAAUGUUUAUGUCAAACAUUGUUUCCAUUCUAUUAAUGACAGAAUUUGUUCUGGGAAAUUUUGCCAAUGGCCUCAUAGCACUGGUGAACUGCAAUGACUGGACCAAGAGACCAAAGAUCUCAGCUGAUGGGAUUCUCACUGCUCUGGCAUUUUGCAGAAUUGUUAUGCUCUGGGCAAUGUUAAUAAAUUGGUAUGUAAUUGUGUAUAAUCUAACUCUAUAUAAUUCAAAAGUAAAAAUUAUUGUUCAUGUUGCCUGGGCAGUAAGCAACCAUUUUAGUAACUGGCUUGCUACUAGCCUCAGUAUAUUUUAUUUGUUGAAGAUAGCCAAUUUCUCCAGCCUAAUUUUUCUUCACCUGAAGUGGAGAGUUAAAAGUGUAGUUCUAAUGAUGAUGUUGGGGACGUCAUUGUUCUUGUUUUUUCAAGUUGCAGUGUUAAGCAUGGAUGAGGCUAUUCAGACAUAUGAAUAUGAAGGAAAUACCACUCAGAAGACCAAACUAAGGGACACUUUACACCUUUCAAAUGUGACUCUGUUCACACUAACAAACUUUAUACACUUCACUAUGUCCUUGACAUCUUUUCUGCUGCUAAUCUUUUCCCUGUGGAAACAUCUCAGGCAGAUGCAGCUCAAUGGUAAAGAAUCCCAAUUUCCCAGCACCAAGGUCCACAUAAAAGCCAUGCAAACUGUCAUCUCCUUUCUUUUCCUGUUUGUUAUUUACAUUCUGGCUCUAAUUUUAUCAGUUUGGAAUUCUAAUCAGCUGCAGAAAGAACCAGUCUAA